CAGGAUAUAACAAACAUUUACACGAAAGGAGAUGGCACUAAAGAGGAUUAACAAGGAGCUCCAGGACCUAGGACGAGACCCGCCCGCUAAUUGCUCAGCAGGCCCCGUAGGCGAUGACCUUUUCCAUUGGCAAGCCACCAUCAUGGGGCCAGACGACUCGCCCUACAGCGGAGCAGUUUUUUUCUUGAACAUCCAUUUUCCUGCAGACUAUCCUUUCAAGCCUCCCAAGGUGAAUUUUACGACCCGCAUCUACCACUGCAACAUCAACGCCAACGG